CCUCUGCUGACCUAAUUUUCUCUUUGUGAAGGGAAAAUCCACAGUUGCAUUCUCUUAAAUGGUCCAACACCGGACACCGGGCUGACAGUCGCCUGUAGCUCGGCUGCAGUCUGCAGAUGAGCUUGCAAACAAAAUGAGUCCUGAUGGAGACACAUUAUCAGUCAUUGAGAACCCGGUAGCCAUCAAUCAUCCCUUUCCCGCCGAGAAGGCAGAAGUUGUCGAACAAAGCAGGGGAGAGCGGAACUGCUUGAAAAGAUUUCAGAACGCGACGCAUGCUCACAGGCUGGUGAGGCUGCUGGCAGCAGUGUGCGCACUUGGAAUCUUGGGAGGAUUGGCUGUCGGCGUUUGGUUCCUAGUCAAAUUUCUCCUGAGGCCGUCUUCCUCUCACAGUGCAGUGGGACUGGGGGACACAAAAGAGACUUCUUUCUGCAAUGUGACAGAGGACAUUGCCAUCGCCGACCCCAGGAAAGUGUUUUACAGAAUCAGCCCAGAGAACUCUCUGCUGGAGAUCCAGCUGGGAAGGUUGCCCAACUGGCUACCGGUGUGCUAUGAGAGAUGGAACUCAUCACUGGGAACACUAGUCUGCAGGCAGCUGGGUUAUCUGAGAUUGACGAAGCACAAAGGCGUGAAUCUGACUGAUAUUGGGCCCAACUACACAGAGGGCUUUCUCCAGAUUAGCUCUGAACAACCGGGAACUCUGGAAAACAUGUGGCAGUUCAGGCGUAGCUGCAUCACUGACAAGGUCAUCGCCUUGCAAUGUUUUGAGUGCGGCACACGAGCCAAAUUGGCCAGAAUAAUCGGAGGAGUCGAGGCCACGCUGGGAAGGUGGCCCUGGCAGGUCAGCCUCUACUACAGCAACCGCCACACCUGCGGAGGCUCCAUCAUCACCAGCCAAUGGAUCGUCACAGCUGCUCACUGUGUGCACAACUACAGGCUGCCGCAGGUGUCCAGCUGGGCGGUCCACACAGGCGUGGUGACGCGCAGCUUGCCGAAAACGACGGAGCCCACGGGGCACGCGGUGGAGAAGAUAGUCUACAACAAGAACUACAACCACGUGAGCCACGACAGCGACAUCGCCCUGAUGAAACUGCGGACGCCACUCAAUUUUUCAGAUACAGUUCGCCCUGUGUGCCUGCCUCAGUUUGACUAUGACCCUCCUGGAGGUACGCAGUGCUGGAUCUCUGGCUGGGGAUACACACAACCUGAUGGCGGUGAGGAAGGCGUCACACUCAGACAAACAUCUGCUACAGGGGCAGCGCAUACAGAGGAGCUGUGGUGUCUGUGUGCGUUUCUCUCAGUUCAUUCAUCGGACACCCUGAAAGAGGCCCCCGUCCCGAUCAUAAGCACCAACAAAUGCAACAGCUCCUGCAUGUACAACGGAGAAAUCACACCGCGGAUGCUCUGUGCCGGAUACAGUGAGGGAAAAGUGGACGCGUGUCAGGGGGAUAGUGGUGGGCCUUUGGUAUGCCAGGAUGACAAUGUGUGGCGGCUGAUGGGUGUCGUCAGCUGGGGGAAUGGCUGCGCUGAGCCCAACCAUCCGGGAGUCUACACCAAGGUGGCCAAAUUCCUUGGGUGGAUCUAUGAGAUCAUGGAGACGCACUGAGGAGGGACCCUGACACAAGAACACCAGCAGUAACAGUGGACAUAUAAAUGUUGCUUAUUUAAUGUGAACGUCUCAUCAGAUAUGUAAAGGGUGUACACUUGAUCAAUCAAAUGAAUUUCAUGACAUUUAGUUUUCGCUCGGAGCCUUUCCCAUCCCUCAAAGUUUUGUUUUGCAUUCUUCUUUCUCUGAUAUAUACUUUUCUGAUUCCCUUCUUUUGUCCCUACUUUCUUUCUCACUUCUACCUUCCUUCCAUUGACAUCUUCCUUCCUUCCUAACCUCAAUUCCCUCCAUGCAACCUUACCCCCCUCCUGUCACUUGAACCUUUUCUGCCUUUCUUCUUUCCUAACUCCUGCCUUUGUUCUUCACCUGUCCUCUAGGCCCACUUUUUAUUUUCCUAACUUCAUUGCUUCCGUACCUGAUUAAUACUGCUUUUCGAUCCACUUUCUUUGUUCUUCAAAUAAUCUCUCACAGUUCUCGCCACCUGAAAAAAAAAAGAUAACUACUCUUGGCCCACCGUUUAUUUCUAUCAAGAUGUCCUGUUGAUUUUUUUUGUACCAAAUAUGAAUUAUGUCUAAUUCCAGCUUGUGUCAAGUGGAGUUCAUUGAGCUGCAGCUCCUCUUGCCCACCGGCGUGGCCUUUGUGCGACUCUGCUAGUUUCCACAGCAACCAACAACACAGGCAGAAUCUACAGGAAUCGGGUCCACGAGUUAAGAUACUUAUUAGUAAUAAGGCUAGUUAGUGUGUUUUUAAUGAUAUUUAACUAAGAGUCCUGGGCUUGUAUUAGGGCGAAUUAGCAAACGGGGAGUGUUUGUUUCUUGCUAGCCCAUCAACUUAAUUUUCGUUUUGCGAACAGGAUUAGCUUCCAACUUCAGGAGCUGACGCCGGUUGAUGACGUAUAGCUUUACAACGAUU